AUGACGAUGAUGGGUAGCCAGUGUCAGAGCAGUCAGCCGCUGGAGUGCGAGUACUUUGAGAACACGGUCGAGUGCACGAAUAACGUCUACAUAACCACAGCUGGUCAAGAUUGUGGUCUAAGGAGAGACUCUGGCGGUGGCUUUCGCGAAAUCUACUGCGAAGACCGCUCAAAGUGGAAGAAUGUGCAAGUUGGACCGGUCAUGCACCAGGACGAUGUCGACGCGCUUCUCAGCCGCAAACCAAAUGCAGUAAAGAACUUUAUAAAGUCCCUAAACAAACAGCUUGAAAAGGGGCCUGAUUGCGGACCCAAAUCUGAAAAUUCUAGACAAAGGCCAGAGGGAGCCAAUGAGCCUCUCAGAGGCUCCAAAAAUUGCAGUUUUGAGCGAAUCACGAAAAAAGUCAAUAGGAUAUACUCAUUCUCAACCAUUGACCCAGCCACAAGUAUUGAAAAUGAAAGAGGAUACGAAAAAGGUCCGCAUGCAGAACUUGGCGGCUACGAACGUGGCUGUAAAUUGGUGGACAGAGUAGUCGCUGAAACGACCUUUGGAGUAGACCGCAAUGGUAAUAUCACUAGGGAAUUUGGUCACGAUGGAAUGGUGACAAAAGACUCCUGGUACAAUGGCUUUGGCGAUGAUUUUGUCCGCGUCAAAAGUGCAUCUCCCAUGGCUGAAAUUCCGAGCCUGAUGGCCGCCAAUGGAGAGUUUGAACGCAGUUUUAAUGGUGACCACAUGCUGGUCCAAGGUUUUAAUGCUAGUCGCUGUAACGACCGUUUCGGAGACUUUGGGGAUGGUCGUUACGGCAGCCAAUGUGGUUCUGGUAACCUCUACAAAUGCAGUGAAUAUGGACGAGAAAUUCAGGGUUCCCCGGGAAACUCGUUUGGAUUUCCGGUGCCCAUGGAUGGAAGAGAUAGGCUCAUCAAUGGAGGACUUGUAGGCUACGACGGAGCAACUGCUCCAGAAGGAUUUACUCACAGGAGCAAUACUUUUGGAGAAUUCGCCAGGAGACCAAACUUUAUGGAGAUGAACAAGAGCACCUCGGACAUUUGUCACGAUAGUUAUAGGGACCUUGUGGAGCAUGGAAGAAGUCCAUACGGAAUGUCUAGUCCGGGGGCAUCAUCUCCAUUUGACAUCUCCAGUCAGUAUGGAACUUGUAGCCCGUACAUUUUCCCCGAGAGAGCCCUGGACAUUUCUAGAAACACGCCCAUGGUAUCACCUUCAAACUACGCCCAUAGUGCUGGAAACACUCCCUACGCCAGCAACAUUGCGUGGAGAGGAUACGAAUGUCGAGACAGUGAACAUCAAAUGGGCUCAAUCAGCGAACACGACGAAGCCAUAGUCGACGAUGUCGACCUUAUCCAUGCACGUUUUAUGGGCAUGAAUGAAAAUACAGCGAGCCCAUCUCUGGCAAAACUCGGUCAUCCUCGUGAAGCGCUUUUAAACGGUCAAUAUGGAGGAAUUGGUAUGGAUGAGUACGGAGUAGACGCGGGUCAAAGAUGGGACUAUAACGAUGAAUGUGCAUUUGGGUCUGCAAGUUCUCAAGGAUAUCCGCAGUACGUUGAAAUGGUAACUAACAUUCCGGUGCUUAGUGGCUCCUACAAUGAGCAGUCCGCGGAGCCCAGUGAAGAUGAAAGAGACACUCCGAAAAACUCCAUCAAGAGCAUCUUGAAAUACGCCAUCAACAACAACUUUUUGCACAGCUUAUCCUCCCUUCCGGAAUUCGUCAACAUGCUCCUUCCAGAGCAUAACAAGAGGAAAAGGAUGAACCUCAGAAACGUCAAAGUCACAAACUCUGGCUGGGCCUGGGUGCAGUCGAGUAAGACCCACAGAUGGGUUCCAAAGUUUAUCUCACUUGUAUAUACUACUAGCACACAGAGAAUGUGCAAUACCUACUCCCUGGAGACCAAAAGACAGGAAGGCGCCUCUGCAAGAUGGAGAAGAGGUAUGGAUAGUAGAGCUGAUAGCACGAGAAAUAAGAAUGGAUUCUGGGAUAUUUACAAGGUCUACUCGGCGCUGAAUGAUGUUACUUCCGUCAUGCCACCGCUCAGGAGUCUCACUCAUUCCGUUUACCCAUCGGUCAUUGAUGCAAUGGGCGCCGGAAUGCAGAGCACUAAUACGGAGAAUAGAAGAAUUCCCUCGGGAUCAACGCUCUAUUUGUGCAUUUUGAACGAGGAACCAAUCGACAUUCCAGCAGCUAUUGCAAACGGAGACUAUUUGGAGAUCAUGCAAGUGGACACCAAGACCAUCCCAUUCACGAGACAAAUGGCACCAACCAGCUGGCUUUCUGGGUUCAUUGCAAGGACUAUAGGAAAGGAACCGCUCAACCUCGUGGUCAUUCCACUAGAAGAUGGAUUUGAAUGUAAUUUCAUCCCUCUCUGUGCCGCCAGAUUCGAGUAUAGUCUCUCGUACAAAAUGCAGUGCGCCAGAAGGAAUAGAGUAGAUAGGGAAUAUGACAAGUGGUUAUUUAAUCUCUGGGAAUAUGUAGUAAGAACUAGCGACAAGCAUGCAGAACUCAACAGAGGAUAUACCUGCAGUAGUGGAGCUCAGAAUGGUAGCACCGGAGGCGACUCUGGUGAACACACGCAGAGAAAUGAUAAUGCGUGGAAGAUUAGAAAUAUGUUUAACAGACUUGGAAACGCCAUUGGGUCAAUUUUUUGGUUCUCAAAGGACAGGAUGGCUAGAAGCUGUAUAGAUGAUAUGGGAGAAGACGAGGUGGUGAAAGAUGACCUUAGAAGGUAA